AUCUCAUAUAUCCCAAUGACGCGCCAAAGUCCACCCCACUCGGGUUGGAACCACCCCACUUGCUCAAGCUUGAGAUCACAAAUGUCACUGCCCUCUACCUGAUUCGCCAUGAUGCCUCUGAAGCUAACUUCAUGACUCGAAUACGUUCGACGAGAUGGACUUUACUCUGACGAUCCACAGGUACAUCUGCCGUGUUCCUUAGCGGCUCCCCUCACGUGCAAGGGGGAUGUCGUAAUCCUACCUCCACUUUCAUGAUGUCAAUCCUCCCUCAAAAUUAAGCUGGUCGUCUGCUUUCAUCAUCAUCAGACCUUUCAUUCGACUCACUUUCAUACAUUGUGGUCAAAAAAUGGUCUCGAGUCUAGCGUAUGUCCAGCAAGAACAGAAUGGAAAGCCGGCUCUCGUCAAGAAGGAGGUACAGCUUCCCGAACGCGAACCCCAGGAGGUCCUCGUCAAAGUCAGUCACGUCGCUCAGAAUCCUACCGAUGUCCAGUCUCUCGAUCUCGGCGCCUUCGGAGAUGGGACAGUCCUCGGCUGUGACUUUGUAGGCGCUGUAGAAGAAUUCGGUAGGAACGCAACGAGGCUUCAGAAGGGGGACGUGAUUGCGGGUCUGAUUUGGGGUGGUGAGAAGAAAGGAUUGGGAGGAUACGGGACACAUACCUACGCCGACGAGAGUAUCUGCUUCAAGGUCGAGACGAGCAAGGUGAAACCUGAAGAAGCAGCUACCGUACCGUUGGCCUGCACGACUGCCUGGCUGGCCAUGCUGUCAAAGGACUGCUUGGCGAUACCUCGAGAUGGAUCUCAUCCCUCGAUACUCAUCUGGGGCGGAAGCUCGAGCGUCGGCCAAUAUGCCAUCCAACUUGCCUCUCAUCUACGAUUCAAAGUCAUCACCACCGCCAGUUCAAAGAAUCACGAGCUACUCAAGUCUUUGGGUGCCGAUCACGUUUUUGACUACAAAGAUGAAUCAGUCGUGGACAAAAUCAGAGAGGCUGCAUCUGAUCUUCGAUACGUCUUCGAUACCAUUGGCAAUGAAACAUCAUCAGCUACUGCCUCGAAAGCCGUUCGUCAAGAAGGGGGUAGCCUCUGUACGGUUCGACCAGGGAAGGGAAAUACGGACAAUGUUGAGAGGCGAGUCAAGGUCACGGAUGUUCUCGUAUGGACAGUCUUUCUGAAAGAUCACGCCUACAAAGAGUUCAAAUAUCCAGCCUCUUUCGAAGACCGUCAAUUGGGUAUUGAGCUCUUCGAGCAUCUACCGAGCUGGCUGGCUACGGGGAGAGUCAAGCCGAAUGCUGUCCGGCUGAUGGAUCUGGAUUCUAUCCACGAUGGCUUCCAAUUAUAUCGGGAUGGAAAGAUCUCCGCGGAGAAGGUUGUCUACGCAGUCUGAUCAUGCUAGGUACGAUCGAAGAGGCUCACGUUUCCUCCGGAUCUGCGUCGAUCCGAAGUGUUCCAUUGAUACAGACCGCAACAGUCACUGUCACACCGCCAUGCAUGCGUCAUUAAAAC